AUGCAGAGAGUACCAGUGCUGCUCUUCCUCGCCUGGACCUGCUUCCUCUUCUUCUCGGCCAUCGGACUCUUCACCAGCGGCUUCCUGCUCAUGCGUGUGGAGCUGGCCAACCGCAGCAGCUGCUCGGAUCCCCUGGCCGCCUCCCUGCCAGGGGCCAGGGCCCCCCUCGGCUCCUGCUGGCUGCCAAGGCGCUUCCCCAAAGCCGUGCUCGUCAUCAUCGACGCCCUCAAGUUUGAGUUUGCCCAGUACGACCCCUCCAGGCGGGAGCCGCGGCCUUACGAGAACAAGCUGGGGUUCCUGCACCAGCUGGCCAGUUUGCAGCCCCUGCAUGCCCGCCUCUUCCGCUUCCGGGCCGACCCUCCCACCACCACCAUGCAGCGCAUCAAGGGCAUCACCACCGGCUCCCUGCCCACCUUCAUUGACGCAGGCAGCAACUUCGCCUCCUACGCCAUCCAGGAGGACAACUUGGUCUGGCAGCUGGCGCAGAACGGUGGGUGCCUCCAGAAGGGGGCGCUGAGGGCAGGCUCUUUGCAGAAUGUCUUGCCUCUCUUAUUCUAGCUGUUGUGGACUAAGGGAGGUGCUUUCUUCAUCUUCAUUUCUUCCUUCCUUUUCCUCAGAUGCACUCUUCUCCCUACUCUUUCAUUUUUCUCCCGGGACUUAGCCUGCAAGUGCUAGUGACAAAAUGGUUCCUUUUAUGUUUCUGGUGUAGACUUGCAUCAUGUGCUACUUCCUUGUAGGUUAUGACUCGGGAGUUGAGAGCAGGCAGAUUUAUGUUUGAGGUUGGGAAGAAGCGUCUGGCAAGUUCAGUUUUGCUCCACUUGGGAUGGGGUUGCUUUGACCUGCGGAACAUGAGAGCCAGGGCCCUGGUCUCUGUGGUGUAUAUUGUGGUUUGGAGGCAGUAGCUGGAUCUGGGCGUAGGCCAGCCAUCCUUCUACGCUGGGCAUAUGACUUCAUGGCAUGUCAUCCAGGCUUUUCAAUUGCCACUUGCCUGGCUGCUUGUGGUGAGGGGAAAUGGCCUCCAAAGCGACUAGGCGGGGAUGUUGUACAAAAGCUUGUUCCCUGUUAUGCUUCAGACUGACAGGUUACUCUGAAAAGACUACUGCAGAAGUACGUGGGGAAAUAAAUUAGUACAAAACUGGCCGUAAACUAAUUCUUGAUGUGGUCUUAUAUAUUCUGGGGACUUUAGCCUUUGUGGUUUGAUGAUGCAGGUUGGAGGAAACGUUCAGACAGGGACCUCUUUUGUGGCUACAUACACUGAGCACCAGCUCAAAUCAGCAGGGAGAACUCAAGAGGUUGCGGGGGUCUGUCUGUGCUGUGUUUGCUACCAAGGCAGAAUGUGGGCAUGAAAUGUGUGGAAUGGUGUGGGUCAUUGUUGAUUGUUUGUUUAGCACAUUUAUAAAUGGUUUCAUAUUUUGAAAAGAAAUUUUUAAAGUGAUGUACAAUGUAGAAACUAUAAACAAUAUGCUUGCUGAAGCUGCCUCAGCACCUCAAGGAAAGCAGACUGUGGCUUUCAGUUCUUCCCAUAUGUAUUUUUUUUUUUAGAAAACCCAAACUUUUGUCAGGUGGAAACUGCACCACUGUGUUAUUGGCUCAAAGGAGCUGAUCUGUAGUGACUGUGAUGCUGUUUCCCUGAGCUGGAGGAGAGCUGUGUGCAUAUCCCUCCUUGGCCUUGAAGGCUCUGGUUGGGUGGCUCUGAAGAUGGAUUUCCUGAGCUCUCUAGAAAGGUGCCAAGAGAGACGGAACCUGGAGCUCCUGGACUCCACUGACUAGGUUUUGGCUCCCUAACUUGGUGACCUGCUCAUUGCUGUGCUCUAAACACCCCUCUCUCAUUCCCCCCCUUUGCAGGGAAAAGAGUGGUGUUCAUGGGGGACGACACCUGGGACGGGCUUUUCCCCCAGGCCUUCCACCGCUCGUACUUCUUCCCUUCUUUCAACGUGAAGGAUCUUCACACUGUAGAUGAUGGAAUCCUGCAGCAUUUAUAUGAGACAGGUGAGCCGCUGUUCCAGGCUGGAGUUCUUGGCUCCCUUUUCAUGCCAGGUUGCUGGAGGAAACAGGCGGAGCAGGCAGAGGCACUUUGCAGCCGGGUGAGAGGCCUGCUGGGAGUGGCUUGCCCUCUGUCUGCCCUACGUGUUCUCUGUCCAUAACCUUGAAGGGUGAUGUGGCCUUGAAGGCUUCAGCUCUGGUGUGGCUCUAGCCCCCUUGUGCCAGCCAGAAUCCUUGAGGAAGAGACAUUCUAAAUUGUUAAAGAGUUAUUGAAAAUUGUUUUUUGCAAAAGGGGGAAUAUUGAAAAAAUUGUAAUGUUUUGUUUUUAAUGGGAAAACCUUGUUUUCAAAAUGGAUUGCCUUGCCUUGAAUUUAUGUCAGCUUUAAAAAGGGAAGUAGGCUGCCUCAUCAAAUUUUGUUUUUGAAACGACUUGUUUUGCACUAAGCACGGCUCUGCAAAUCGCAUGAAUGGAAUUUCUUCACCCACAAUAACAUCCUUUCCGGGUGGUUUUUCCAAUGAGAAGCCACUCAUCCUCCACCAGCCCUUGUCACCCCCUGCCCUCUGCUGGCAGCAAAGUCUUAAAACGUCUGCUGGCUUUUUGCCUGCCUCUCAUUGUCUCCUCCCUGUGUCUUCAAGGCCUGGCCCUGAGCACAUCUGAAGGGGGAGGGGGAGAAAUCUGCUCCUGCUCUUCCUCUCAGCAUUGGCUGCCUCUCAGAGCGGAAGGGGCAAGUCUUCAUGCUUCUCCCCCCCCCCUCUCCCUCUCUCUGUGGUGGCGCAGUCGAUGGUGGCGAGUGGGAGUUGCUGAUUGCCCACUUCUUGGGCGUGGAUCACUGUGGCCAUAAGCAUGGACCAGACCAUCCGGAAAUGGCCAAGAAGCUCUCGCAGAUGAAUGACAUGCUCAGGUGAGCUGGUUUCUCAGGUCAUGUGGGUGCCCCUGGCUUCUCAGCACCAGCCCAUUGUGUGCCAAGGACUGAAGCAGGAUGAGCAGCAGCUGGGCCUUCCAGAGGAAUGUGGAUUGUGCUGGCCAGCGCUGGGAGGGGCAGAAGUGGGAGUUCUCCUGCUUGUUUUAUUCUCCUUCCUCUGCUUUGGGCUCCAGCUGCUUGGGGACCUCAAAGGUCUUUGGACGUUUGCAUUAUGUUAGGGGCCCCUUUGCCAACCUGGUGCCCACUAGACAUUUUGGAGUGCAUCAGGCCCUGCCAGCAUGACUCUGCUGGGAGUUGUAGUUCAGAGCACCUGGAGGGCACCAGGUGGGCGACAGCUGUGUCAAUGUCCCUUUAAACAUUAGCUUUUGAGCUCCUUGUAGAGAGUGCUCUUGGAUGAGCCUCUGAUUCAGACUCUGAAGGACCCCCUGGAGGCAGUUUGAACUGGAGCCACUUGGCCAGCGUUGCCCCAACCAGGAUUUGAGCCCUGGCCCUCCCUGGAAGGGAAACAGCUGGCCUGGAGCCCCAGGACCUGCACCCUGGAAGUUAAGCCCCAGAGUUGGUUUGCUGCAGGAGAGCAUCUCAGGCUGUGAGUCAGAAAGUCCCCUGUCAAACCUGCAUUUGGGCUCAGGCGCCCCUGAAGGUCCUGCCUAAACAACAUGGCUGGUGCCCACCCACUUUGCCGUGGGGGGCACCCGCUGGCACAGGGAGGCGGCUGAAGUCCCGUGUUGUUGAUGGACAGGUCACUGGUUGACCACCUGGCGAAUGACACGCUGCUCCUGGUAGCAGGGGACCACGGCAUGACGGGGACCGGAGACCACGGAGGGGACAGCGAGGAGGAGGUCAACGCAGCCCUCUUUGUGUACAGCAAAGCCCAGCUGUUCCAGAGCCACCCGCCUCAGGUAAGCCAGGUGGAGGAAGGCUCUCUCUCUCUCUCUCUCUCUCUCUCUCUCUCUCUCUCUCUGUUGCACUUCCAAAGGGAUCUUUCCCUUCCCACCUUUUGCAUCUGGUCAGCCACUGUGAGAAAGGAGGCUGGACUAGAUGGGCCAUCAGCCGGACCCAGCAGGCUCUAAGUUACCUUCUUAGGUGGCGGAGAGCUUGUUGCAACUGGUGCAAAUAACCCCUUGGCCAGCUGCGCUUGGGAAAGGAGAUGGAUGCUCUUUUUCAGGCUUCUUACCUUUUAGAGCUGAAGAGUGCGGUCAUGGCUGCCUGCCAGGUUCUUGCUGGCUGGCUGGGUGAGGAGAAGGCGGGAGGCUUUUGAGAAGGCAAAAGGCUUGUGCCCCUGUGGCAUGGCUUCCGUCUUGGAUGCAGGAGCCCCAGGAUCAAUCCCCGAUGGCACCUCCAGGCCAGGAUGGGAGAGGCUCCUGCCUGCAACCCUGGAGAGCCACUGCUGUCAGUCUGGGUAGACGUAACUGAGCCAGAGGGACCCAAUGGUCUGAGUCUGUACCAGGCGGCUUCCUGUGCUCCUGGUGCUGCUUGCCUGCUGUGGGUGGGUGGGGUCCUGGGGUCCCCACGGGGUGCUGUUCUCCCUGCCCUUCAGCAGCCGGACCCCUCGCUUCCUCCCUCUCUCCAGGAGCCAGAGACCGUCCCGCAGGUGAACCUGGUCCCCACGCUGGCCCUGCUGCUGGGGGUGCCGGUGCCCUACAGCAACAUCGGGGAAGUGAUGGCUGAGCUGUUUGCCGCAGAGGGCGGCGCUGCCUCUUCGCUCCUCGCCCAGCUGGAGGCAUACAGCGUCAACGCCCGGCAGGUAAGAGGAGCUCGGCGGCCGGAUCUUGAGGCAAAAGGCUCCUUAGAGUUCCUCCCCCUUGAGUGUUCCUGCGCUCAGUGACGGAGACACUUGGCGUUGCAGGUCGACCGCUUCCUGCGCUCCUACUCACGGGCAGCCCAGGACAUAUCGGUAGAGAAGAUGCGGCGGCUCCAGGACCUCUUCUCUGCUGCCGUGGAAGAGCAUGAGCAGCUCUCCGCCCAGCUGGGGCCUCCUGCUCUGCCUCACCUGGAGCACCUCCGGGGCCGCUUCCGGCGCUAUCUGCAGGAGGCGAGGGCCGUCUGCGCUGAGUCCUGGGCCCGCUUCCACCCGGCCCGCAUGCUGGCUGGCUGCGCCCUGCUGACGUCUUCCUGUGUGCUGUGUUACGUUGCCUCCAGAGUGGCCUCGGGCCUCAGCUUCUCCUACCGACGCCUCCUCCUCUACCCCGUCCUCUGGGGUGUGGUGGGGGUGGCUCUGCCCAGCCUGGCUCACCUCCUCGGCUGGGCCGCUGCGGACCUUGUCCUGCUCUCCUCCUGGGGAGCGGCGGCCUCCCAGUGCGGCUUCUUCUGGCACUGCUGGGCCAAGCGGCCAUGGAGGAGCCACGCGGCCAGCGCUUGUUCUCCCUCUGUGGGCACCAGCCUGAGGCAGAGGCUGCGAGCAUCGGGGCUGGGCCUGCCCGGAGGCAUCCUGCUGGCUCGCUGCGGCGCCAUGCUCUCAGACAGCUUCGUGGUGGCCGAGGCGCAGGUGGCGCCCUUCCUGCUGGCCUCGCUGGUUCUGCUGCUGGUGCUGCGCCUGCACUGGGAGGGGCGGCUGGAGGGCGGCUCCCCCCCGGCCCUGCGGCUGCUGGGGCUGCUGGGCGUGGUCCUCACCUGCGCCCGCCUCUCGGCGCUCUUCCGGCAGUGCCGCGAGGAGACCCCCUGCUGCCGCUCCUCGACGCUCCUGGCCCCGCUCUCCAGCCUGCAGGACCCGGGGGCCAAGAACUCCUGCUACCUCCUCUGCCUGGCCGUGCUGGCCCUCCUGGCCUGGGGCGUGCGCCGCUGGCUGCGCCACUACGGCAACCUCAACAGCCCCAGUGCCCCGGUGCUCUUUGUGCGCUGGGGCUUCCCGCUGCUGGCCGUCUGCGUGGGGGGCUACUGGGCCAUCACCUCCGGGGCCGAGGAGGCCCUGGUCAAGCUGCACGCCUGGGUGCAGCUGGCCCUGGUGGCCUUCCCCCAGGGGAUCUUCGGCCUGGUGCUGGUGGGGCUCCUGCUGGUCCUCUGGGACCCCGUGACCGUCUUUGUGCGCGACAGCCGGGAGCCGGCCGAGGCCCCCAUCGUCUCGCCCAGCUCCCAGGCGGAGCUCCAGCACGUCAUCCCCCAGCUCUACCGGCGCAUGCAGCAGUCCCUGAAGAGCCGCCUGGACGAGGCCAGGUCGGGCGGCAGGGCCACGGUGGCUGCCUACGGGCUGGGCAGCGUCUACUCGGCCGCGCUCCUCAUCUGCCUGGCCCUGCUGGGCUUCCUCUUCAUGACGCUGCACAGCGAGCGGCUCAGCCUGGCCUUCCUGCUGCUCUUCCUCGAGGCCUUCGCGCUGCUCUGGAUGCACGCCUGCGCCGUGGCUCUCUCCUCCUCCUCCUCCUCCUCCUCCUCGCAGGCUGGUGAGUAAGGGCACGGCCCUGGAUCUCCGCUCCUCCUGAGUCAGGGCUGUGGACAGCGUCCUCUUCCAGGAAGGGCUUUGCUCUCAGAGAAAUGGCAGAAGCUCAAAAUGGCCCAGCUGUUAACUGUUAAGGCAUAAUGGUGCCCUAGGAAUCUGCAGGGGAGGUCCCCGGGAAGAGGGGAGCGGGAGGAGGCCACAGUAACUGCAAAGCAAGCAGUGUGGUGCAGGGGUUUGAGUGGCAGACUAGGAUCUGGGAGACCAGGGAUCUCUGCUUGCUCAAUGGGAUGUUCCCCACCUCUCCAUUGGAUUUUGCAUAAAUGUGCAAUUUACUAUUAGAGUUUUGAAUUUUGUUGUGUUGUUAUCUUCUUCAGUGGGGCAUGCAAACAGCUAUUCUGAAUAACCCUUUUUAAAAGGUGGGGAUGAGUUUAUGGAACUGAGGGGAGGGCGGUUGCCCCAAAAUACUUGGGAACCUCUGGCAGGGGAGAGGGGAGUCUCGCCAGGCGAGUGGAAAUCCUUGCACUGAUGGGGUGGGUUAGUUGAACGUAAUUCUGGUUCCCGCCGUGGAAGCUCUGCCGCGUUGUGUCUCCAGGGGUUCCUUGCUGGCCCUGACGGUUCUCGUCCUCCUACCCCCAGAUCCCUUCGUGGUGCCCUGGUACGCCCUCAUCGCCUGGGCUCUCGCUGCCGCCCAGUUCUUCUAUGCCACAGGCCACCAGCCAGUCUUCCCAGCCAUCCACUGGAACGCAGCCUUUGUCGGCUUCCAGCAGGGGCAUGAAACCAACCUGCUGCCGGCGCUCCUGGUCGGGGCCAACACCUUCGCCUCCCACAUCCUCUUUGCAGGUGAGUCCGCUGCCUCCGGGAAAGGCCCCAAGACUCUUUCUCUGAGCUUGCAACAGGCAGAGCGUGAAUGGUGCUUGCUUUGGCCCCAGGUAAGUGACUGCGGAGGGUGGCUUGACAAAGGCUGCCUGCUCAGCACUAAGAGUUGGGUUUGGGUAGCAAAUGAAGACUCUUGGCAUCCACAGCAGAGGCAGGGAGCCUGUGGACUCCCCGGCAUUGCUGGACUCCGAUUCCCAGCAUUCAGCGUGGCCACUUGUCGGGGGUGCUGGGAGUCGAGGUACAGCUGCACCUGGAGAGACACGGCCUCCCCACUCCUGAUCUACAGGCCCACAGCAGCUCCCGAAAUAUCACCAGCAUCUUGGCAUCGGCAAUAGGAGUGUGUGUGUGUGGGGGGGUCUGUUUAUGGGGCCUUACCUGGGAAGAGAAGACUGGGGUGCCCCCCACCCGGCAUCUGUUAACAUAGCUUGGCUUUUGCUUUUCUCCCUAGCUUUGCCAGGCAUGGGAACUGCUAUGAGGCAAGCACCCACACAUGGUUUUAGGCACCUGCUUAAAGCUUCUUUAUUUCAGAAAACCUACCUAGAAUUUUGCUUGUUUUGCAUGUUUGCUGAUUUCAUCUGCAUUUUAUUGAUGACUUUGCAGUCCUCAAUACAGCACAUGGAGAAUUUUCUGAUUAAGUGGUCUGUUUUUUUCUUUCUGACCUGAGGGCGUCAGAGAGUGGAGUCUGGUGGGACCUGGUUCUUGAUUGCCUAUUUGGCUGAAGGGGAGGGGGCAUAAUCCCCCCAGGCAUUGCUUAGCACAGUGUUUUCCAAAGUGGGCGGAACUGGCGGGGGUGCUGGGGUUUCCUAAGGGGGGAGGCAAAGAGGUGUAAAUGGCUAGCUGACUUCAAAAAGCUGAUAUCCUUGAAUCAAGCUCAUCAGUUUCAUUGAAUUAAUUAAACUGAAUAGUUUUACUUGGAUUCUGAAUAAAUUUGCAAUUUUUAUUUUUUUGCAUACCGUAGAUUCCCAUGUAUUAGCCGACUUUUUAACCCUGGAAAAGAGGUUAAGAAGUCGGGGGUCGUCUUAUACGCGGGAUAUGGGCGGCAGGCGGCGGGCUCUGCGCGGGAGAGAGCUUUCUCCCGGGGCGAAGCAUAGCCCGCUGCUGCUCCUGCUGCGAGCUCCGCACCAGGAGAAAGCUGCCCAGCACGGAGCCUGCCCAGCUGCUGCUCUGGAAGUAGCAGCAGCAGCGGACGGCGGGCUCUGCUCUGCACCGGGUGGCUUUCUCCCGGCGUGGAGCUGCCCAGCAUAUUAAGCGACUGGGCUUAUAAGACGAACCCCCAAAUUGCAGCUGCCAAUUUCGGGGGUCGUCUAAUAGGCCCAGUCGCCUAAUAUGCCGGAAUCUACGGUAAUUUUUAUUGAGUUUUCCAUAUUUCAUUACAUUUUCAUUACACAAAUCCGUAACUUAAAGCAUCUGAAUAAAUUUGCAAUUAAUUGUUACUGUUUUGAGUUGUAUUGUGUUAUUUUCUUCCUAAGUGGACUGUGCAAAACACUAUUCUGAAUAAUGCUUUUUAUAGGCAGGGUAACAGGUGCUGGGGCUGGGGCUGCGUUGAUGGAACCAAGUGAGUGGGGCCCCGAAAGAGUUUGGGAAGCACUGAUUUAGAGGGAUUUAUCUUCUCGCCCCUUUCUUUUUUCCUCUGGGUUCCAUCAGCUGAUGGUCCCUGGCAUUCUCUCCAGUGACCCCUCUCUCUUCCUCCUUUCCUCGAGGUAGCUGGCUGCCCUUUGCUUCUGCUUUGGCCGUUUGUCUGUGAAAUGCCCACCGCCUCCAAGGGCAAGAAGCCGAAGGCAGAGCCUCCAGACAGGGAGGAGCAGAUGAUGGAGAUGAGGCUCCGGGAAGCCCCAGAGAAGUUUUCAGCAGCGCUUCUGCAGCUGGGGCUCAAGUACCUGCUUGUUCUGGGGGUUCAGGUACGUGCCUGGAAGCAAACACCGGGGGAGGCCUUUUUCUGCAAGCCAGAGAGAGGGAGGGAGAGGCGGCGAUGGGGACUGGUGGGCUGUGCAUGUGAGGAUACAGUGAAUGAAUGCCAGGAGUUUUACCUGCAGCCUGAACUCCUUUUCUUUCCCCCAUAGAUUCUGGCUUGUGUCUUGGCAGCGAUCAUCCUCAGAAGGCACCUUAUGGUCUGGAAGGUGUUUGCCCCCAAGUAAGUUGUGCAAGUGUCCUGUGGCUCUGUCCCCCCCCCCCCCCUGUGUCCUGGCAGGGAAAGGGUUGGGUGUUUCAGAGCCCAGGGCUGCCAGGCAGAGUUGCAAGGCUGGGUGGGAAAUGGGUGGUCUGAGUUAGAGUUCUGUCAGCUGUAGGCUGCUCUCUCUCUCUGUCUUUUGUAUUAUUUUUUUAUUUCAAAUAUACAAAUAAAUACAUAGAUAACAGACACAUGCAUUAAUAACCACUACAGAAAUCAAAUAAUAUCAGACUUAAUAACCUUACAUCUCUACAUAUAUAUAUAUAUAUAAUGAAACAAACAGAAGGAAAGGAAAAAGACAAAGACAGUGGCAGAAACAACAUAAGAUUCUUCCAUUCAAUACUAUUCAGAAAGAGAAAGCGCUGACCUGGCAGUUAACGGGGGCUGCAGGAAUCGAGAGACGCAUUGGCCGACUUCAGGGUUUUUCCCACACUGUGAUUUUUGCAUAGCACAUGCACACAUCAUGAUUCGCAAUAUAUUGCCAGGUCAAAAAUUAUGAAACCGGUAUCAUGAUAAGGACUUCAAAGCGGUUUUGGACGAUAUAUCGCCUAGCCCUACCACCCAGCACAGAAAUGAGUAGUUGACUUGCCCCUGAGUUGCCCCUGUAGUGUCUUCACUAGCUGCCCCCCCUCCCAGUGUUCCCCUCUUCCCUCAGGGCUUAAAAUUGGGGCCUCCCGUGGAGCCUUUGCGGUACUUUCCUCACCUGGGGCUUCUGUUCCGCUUCCAGGUUCCUCUUUGAAGCGCUGGGCUUCAUGGUGAGCAGCCUCUUCCUCCUGCUGGGCAUCGGCCUGGUGAUGCGGGUGGACUGCGCCGUCAGCCUGUGGUUCAAGCAGCUCAUCCUUGCUCAGUCCAGGUAG